GGAAAGUGAAAGCUCCUUGGAGAAAGGUGUUGCAAAUCUUUGCUUCAUGGCUCAAGAGGAUAGCAACAAUGAUGAGGAGGUAAACUCUAACUUUUCUAGUUCAAUUAAUGAAAGUUCCUUUGAGUAUUCUUAUGAUGAUUUAUGCAAAGUUCUUGAUUGCUCUAUGAAUGAUAUUAAGAGACUGGGGAAUGACAAUAUUGCUCUUACUAAAACCAUUUCAUUGCUUAGGAAUGAAAUUGAAUCUCUCUCAAAACGAAAUGAGUUUUUAGUUAAAGGGAAUGCCUCUUUAAAUGAUGAGAUUGCUUCUUUAAAGAAUGAGGAGUCUAAUAAUGCUUUGAAAAAGGAAAAUGAGGAUUUAAAGAAAGGAAAUGAAGAUUUAAAGAAGGAAAAUGAGGAAAAGUUGAUGGCAAAUUCACUAAGGAAAGCAAAGUAGAUCUUAAAAGGACUUAUGCCUCAACAAGAAUGUUGGAGUGGAAGUGCAAAGGAAAUUUGUUUUUGAAUGCUCCACUCAUGUGCUCAAAUUGGUAUUAUUUAUUUUAUUACAUUUAUUCAUUGAGUAUAAUUACUUCAACAUGACUAUUAAUGAUUUGUUUAUAUGUGUUCACUCUUUGAUAUAUAUGCUUAUUGAAUAUGAUAUCAUUUGAUGUGAUUAUUAAAAUUUAUGCAAAUUAAUGAGCUUGGCAUGUUGGAUCCUAGUGCUUGAUAUGAUUCUUGAAAUUAAUGAAUUUGAUUAUUAGAAUUUGUGUACCUUGAUUAUAUUCAUGCUAUUUGAUGUUGCAUUCAUUGAUAUAUGACUAAAAUUGCAUUGUUUAGUAGUUGAUGUCCAAUUUAAACUUAGUUGAAUGAAGAAAGAUCAUAUUAAGGUGCAUUCCCUUCAAAACAGCCCCAAACUUUCUGUUUGUGUCAAUCAAGGCCAGUAGAGCCG